AUGAAUGAAAAAGACGGAGUUGCUUUGCUUUCCUUCAACAUCGACGGCGAGAAGCAAGCUCCGUCCGGCGUUGCGUUGAAACUACAGAAAAUGGCAGGGAUCGUGAUUAUAUUCGAUUUCGAUCGGACUUUGAUCGACGGAGAUAGUGACAACUCGGUGGUGACGGAGAUGGGACUCACAGAGAUCUUCCAUCAGCUCCGCUUCACUUUACCAUGGAAUCGCCUUAUGGAUAGGAUGAUGACGGAGCUGCAUUCACAAGGGAGAUCGAUUGAUGACAUUGAAGCUUGCUUGAAAAAAAUGCUAAUUGAUUCUCAGAUUGUUGAAGCUAUCAAAUCAGCCAAAUCUUCAGGAUGCGAUUUGAAGAUUGUGAGUGAUGCAAACCGUUUUUUCAUCGAGAAGAUACUAGAGCAGCAUGGUUUGUUGGACUGCUUUUCAGAGAUUUACACAAACCCAACCUCUGUUGAUGAUGAUGGAAAGUUGCGGAUCUUCCCGUACCACGGUGCUGCAUCGGUUGCACAUAGCUGCAAUCUCUGCCCUACAAAUCUAUGCAAGGGUCUUGUAAUGGAUCAUAUACGUGAUUCUUGUCCCAAGGAUCAAAUCCAAAGAAGGUUUGUAUACCUUGGAGAUGGAGGAGGUGACUUUUGCCCGACUUUGAAGCUGAGAGAGUGUGAUUGUGUGAUGCCGAGAACGAAUUACCCGCUAUGGAAACGGAUCUCGGAUAACUCCUCACUGAUCAAAGCACAAGUCAAGGAAUGGAGCAAUGCAGAGGAAAUCCAGAAAAUUCUUCUGCAACUUCCCGCCAUGAUUUCUUUCCUUAAAGCUCGCCAGAGGAUUCUCUCUCCUCUCGUCACUUCCUCUAUCCGCAGUUACUCCUCUAGUCUCUCUUAUUCUCGUGAAGAUUCCGGAGAUUCUCAGGUCUUUAUACACCCGAGUGCUGUCGUCCACCCAAGUGCUGUGAUUGGGAAGGGAGUUUCAGUUGGUCCAUACUGUACAGUUGGCUCUUCAGUGAAGCUAGGAAAUGGCUGCAAACUCUAUCCUUCGAGCCAUAUCUUUGGAAACACAGAGUUGGGAGAAUCUUGUGUCCUGAUGACUGGUGCUGUUGUUGGCGAUGAGCUUCCUGGUUAUACAGUCAUAGGAGGCAAUAACAUCAUCGGUCACCACGCCGUGGUUGGUGUUAAAUGCCAAGACUUGAAGUACAAGGAUGGGGAUGAAUGCUUUCUUUGCAUCGGUAACAACAAUGAAAUAAGGGAGUUCUGUUCGAUUCACAGGUCAUCGAAUUCCAGUGACAAGACGGUGAUUGGUGACAACAAUCUAAUCAUGGGCUCUUGUCAUAUCGCACAUGAUUGCAAGAUUGGUGACCGCAACAUAUUUGCCAACAAUACGCUUCUUGCAGGCCAUGUGGUUGUACAAAUGAAGAGCCUGAGAGCAGCCUAUCGUAAGAUAUUCAUGUCUACUGAAACAGUCCCCUUAAGUCUGGAAGAGCGUCUCUCGAAGAUGGAACAGAACCAAGAGCUGUACAGUGUUGCUGCGGUUGGUGCCAUGUUGCAGUCAAUCCGAGAUUCUUUCGCAGAAGGUCGCCGUGGGAUAUGCAAAUUUAGACACUGGCUCGAUUCAUGAGUUUCACAGCUUAGUGACUUAGAUUAGACAUUCAUUGAUAAACACAAUCCGUAAUAAUAGUCUAGUACUAUACAGUAGAUAAGCUUUAACCAAGUGUUGUUUAAUGUAUGGCUGCGAAACAUCAUUUACGGUCUCUUGUCAUUUAGAACAAAAAUCCACAAAAACAUUGGUCAUACCCAGAUAUCUUCUAAUUUACAAAAAUGUUAUGUUGGCA